AUGAAGUUUGUUGUGGUGUUCAUCUCACGUUCACAGACCCCAGAGUUGUUCACCUGGCACGUUCACAGAGCCCCGGAGUUCACCAGGCUGUUGAACUAUACGGUGCACCAAGACCACACGGUGCACCAAGACCACACGGUGCACCAAGAUUACACGGUGCACCAAGAUCACACGGUGCACCAAGACCACACGGUGCACCAAGAUUACACGGUGCACCAAGAUUACACGGUGCACCAAGUUUACACGGUGCACCAAGACCACACGGUGCACCAAGAUUACACGGUGCACCAAGAUUACACGGUGCACCAAGAUCACACGGUGCACCAAGUUUACACGGUGCACCAAGUUUACACGGUGCACCAAGACCACACGGUGCACCAAGACCACACGGUGCACCAAGAUCACACGGUGCACCAAGACCACACGGUGCACCAAGACCACACGGUGCACCAAGAUCACACGGUUCACCACGACCACUCCUACCACCACCACCACCACCUGUCACCUAUUACUGCCGUGUUUUGA